AUGGAUAAAGAGAACGAGACAGCAUCCGACACAAUCACGGAGGACAAUGCCUUUGUCGAAUCGAAGCGACCGUUUCCAUCCGAUUUGACGUCUCCCCACGAAGCGCCUUCAACAUCACCUCCUCCCGCUUCAGCAACCGCUGCGCCAGAUGGUGGACUCAACGCUUGGCUCCAAGUUCUCGGCGGAUGGGUAGUGUUCGCAGCGACGUGGGGCCUCGUCAAUGCCUUUGGAACGUUCCAAACGUACUAUCAGACGGUGAUGCUUACGUCGGAGUCAGCAUCAACCAUUUCUUGGAUUGGCUCUCUGCAAGCCUGUCUCUUGUUUCUCGGAGGAUUCGUUGCAGGGCCGCUCUUUGAUGCCGGAUAUGUCACAUCGAUCUUGAAUGGCGGUCUGCUCCUGACAUGCUUUGGGAUGUUCAUGACAUCUCUGUGUACGACGUACUGGCAGGUUUUGCUUGCUCAAGGCGUCUGCGUUGGCUUUGGGAUGGGUAUCUCGUUUCUGCCCGCCACGGCUAUCAUGGCGCAGUAUUUCCAGAAGCGACGAGCCUUUGCCAUAGGGAUUGCUGGAACAGGCUCUCCAGUCGGCGGCAUCAUCUUUCCGAUCAUCUUCAGCCACUUGGUUCCCAAAAUCGGCUUUGGGUGGACAACUCGGGUGAUUGCAUUCAUCAUCUUGGGCCUCUGUGUCAUACCGGCUGUUUCAAUGCGGCCUCGUGUGCCGGCGUCAGGUCGCGUCCGCUCUCUGGUCGAUAAUUCGGCUUGGAGGGACUUGUCCUAUAUGAGCUUCAUCACUGGCAGCACGUUGACCUUUCUCGUCCUCUACACUGCAUUUUUCUACAUUCAAGUCUAUGACGAGCUCAACCAUUUGUCGAGUCUGGAAUUCGCGCCAUACACGGUCACGUUGCUCAACGCUGGAAGCGUCUUUGGACGGGUGUUACCCAUGUAUCUCAGCGACAAAUACGGAACGCUCAACGUCAUGAUUUUUUGCACCUUUGCCUCUGGUAUCCUGGCAUUUGGCUGGAUGGGUCUCAAGAACCUAGGCGGCAUCGUCGUCUUCACGAUUCUCUACGGUAUCACUUCCGGCGCAACAGUUACCGGGACACCAGUUGUCAUCAUGACCCAGACCCCAGACGCAUCACGGGUCGGCACUCGCUUGGGAAUGGCCUUUGUGUUUUUCGGAGUAGCGAUUCUUGUCGGGACGCCGAUAGCGGGCGCCAUCUUUGGGGAAUUCACACACACUCGUUGGCUGGGUGGCAUCGGGUUCUCAGCCGGUGGGUUGAUCUUGGGUACGGUGUUUAUGUGCGUAGCGUGGUUUCCCUUGAGAGAGCGGAAAGGAACAUGGAAGGUUUAGAA